UUAACUCAAGGCAUACAAUUUUGACGGAUACAACAGAGAACGACAUUGGAAUACGAGACAAACGAUAUGGAAAACUUUGUGAACUUAAAGAAAAGCUUGAUCCAGUGAAACUUGCGGCAGUAUUGGCUGAAGGUGCCGAUGUUGAUUUACCAGCACUAAAAAAUAUAUCACAUGGGGGGGGCGCUACCUUGAAUAACGGUGAACUGUCCAGAAAAUUUAUCACCGGUCCCGUCGUUGAGAGCAAAAUAAUAAACACCCGGGGGAACACUGACCGUCCAUUGGAAGGAUUGGGUCCAAGUGACCGGAAUAGAGGCACCUUGAGCAAUAUUACCAACAGGCGUGUUAACAACGUCAACACCUGA